AUGCCAUGGAAUAACAGGCAAACCGACCUUAGGAUCUUAACUUGGAAUUUCAACAAAUUCUUAGAUCCCGAGGUCAUUGAAUUACACUGCCUGUGCAGGGUGUUUGCCCUUGCAGAAAUCCCCCCUCAUAAUCAUGGCCACGUGUGGGUCACCAUAUUACUAGACCAUAUA